UGUGCACUGACAUCGCGGUUUAAAGCCACCCGAAGGAAAGGCGUUCUCGUGCGGCUUUUUCUACUUGUGCGCGCGCGACCAGCCUCCAACGUUCGAGUAUCUCGCGGUUCUUACACCUAGCUCUCGCCGAGGAAAUCCGACGGCGUUCACGAGUGACACGGCGGCCGAUAUAGUUCCCGUUCACGCCGGUGGAAAACUGUGGACAGUGUUUACCAUACGUGUUGAAUAUACCUGAUGACUGCUGGGCGGCUAGUCAUAUGCGUGUUAAAUUCAAAAUAGGAUACAGGAUAUAUGCGUCGGGUAGUGCAAUAAAACUAGCUGGUAAAAAUAAUGUCAAGAAACUGCAUACACUGCUGUCAAUAGUGGAAGAGAAACCAAAAGUGGAUACAGGACAAAAUAAUAGACACAACGAGCACCACAUCAAAAACCACUUCAAGCACAACCAUUAUACACACAAUUCCAUACUGACACCUUCGACACUUAACCAGGGCCUAGAUGCAGGUACAAGUGACGAUAGUGGUAGAGCAUCUGAACAACUGCACGGCCCUGGUAUACCUAGGGAUUGCCAGGACGCAGACAGUUCCAGGGACCACCUCAGCGAUGCUAGCAGUCAUUGCAGUUCGGGUAAAGGUUAUAUCUGUGAUAGUGAAGGAGAAGACGAUAAGGGCUCGGAUGCUGAAUCGAUACUCUUUGAAUCUUCUACCCCACCACCCCUUGCACGUAAAUACGAGUUGCCAUCAUCUUCACCACACGUACUGCCUCCAGCAAACGGGGCAGGAGGUUCUCCUCCAGACACUGGUGGACAAAUUUCCAAUCCAGCAACGGAUGCUCCAGCACCUAUACCACCACCUGUGCCUGCAUCUGCACCAGUACCAACAGCUCCAAGUCCUCCCAGUCCUACUCUACCCCCUCACAUAUCCCAGCCACCUAUGACUAGUCCAUUGGCAGCGAAUCCACGUGCAAUAGCUCCACAACAGCGACCAGCUUCUCCUGCUCUGCCACCUCCAUCCUUAUCCCAACAGCCUCAUACUACGAUACCUGCGUUACACACACCUAAUGUGCCCCUCGUUUCGUCGAGUCAUACAACUAGUCCCGCGGUAGCCAGUUUAGGUGUUACCCCGGCAGCACCGUCAAACGGAGCAACUACCACCAGCUAUCCACCGUCGAUACCCAUGGCUGCUUAUCCCCAAACUCAACCAUCUUAUCCACCCCUCUAUACACCAUACACUGCUCUGAACCACAGUCCGUACCUUCCGCCUGCGGUACCGUCACCUUCCCACUCUGCUUCUUCACGGGCGGAGGUGAGAGGUAGCAGAGCUUCUCCGUGUACUAAUAUAAGCAAACAGCCUGUAGGGAAUACUACCACCAAUCAUAAUACUCCUCUAAGCGCUGCCACCACGACAUGUGUGUCCACGAUAACAAAUACCGUUACUACGGCGAAUACCAUUGCUCAUAGAGAUAUGGUAGCCUGUAGCCUAACUGGAAGAAACAAUAACUCGCCUCGUGGACACAGCCCAAGUCGGGAAAGGGAUAGUUACAGCAGUAACGUGAGUAGUCUAAGUCGAGGUAGCAUCACACCGAUAAGUGUGCCAAACACAUCAUCUCCAGCCAAUUCUAGUCUACCUGCUUACUCCAAACCACAAGGAUGGAUUGGUAGCAGCACAACUUCGCAACUGUCUCCGGCAACAGCGACAUCGGUUCCAAGGCCAACUCCUCCACCAGUACCAUUAGGCAUGCAUACAUUUCCACCAAUGUUCGCCGCACCGCUACCACCCCCCGUCUCCAGUUCCAGUCCGCACACGUCACUGCCUUCACUACCACCACCAACGACCAAUCCUAACCCGUUCUCCGCGGAGUCCCUCUUUCAAACAAGUCAGGCAGACCUGUUAAGGCGAGAGCUUGACAAUAGAUUCUUGGCGUCGCAAGACAGAAACGUCGGAGUUGGCAACUUGGGCCCGCCACCGUACCUCAGGACAGAAAUGCACCACCAUCAACACCAACACACUCACGUACACCAGCACACGACGCCUUUGCUACCACCGUCGGCUGCUACAACCCUGUUUCCACCUCCUAUAUUUAAGGACAUCCCCAAGUUGGGAGGAGUCGAAUCACCAUUUUUUCGUGGCAAUUUAAAUCUCUCCGGGUACUCUGGUUUCAAUACUGGUCUCCUGCAUCCGGGAAUUGGACCGCCGUCGACUCCUUUCGUCGCACCCAAUCAUUUAACAUCGUUCGCACCAAAGAAAAGUGGAAAGUGGAAUGCGAUGCACGUGCGCAUUGCCUGGGAAAUUUACCAUCAUCAGCAGAAACAGCAAGUGGAAGCUAAGGCGGGUGGCGUUGUUGGUACUAAAACAGAAUUACUCAGACCACCGGGCCAUCUUUAUCCAGGAGGACCACCAAGUGGUCUCGGGAUUGGCGCGCCUCCCAUGGCGCCUCCAUUCCCCACGAAUAUACCGUCUGCUCAUCCUGCACCACCACCACCUCACCCGUUCCUGUCUACGCCGGCAUCACAUUUAGGAACAGGAAUGUCACCGUUCGGCAGGUAUCCGUCAACGUUCGGCGCGCCAAAUCCCAAUUUCCCAGGUCUUUCUAGCUUCCCGCCGUCGAGGGAAAUGCCGCCAUUGGGCGGGUUAGGUUCCGUGCACGAUCCUUGGAGAGGAUUGCAACGGGCCUCGUCCGGAUUCCCGCCGACCACGGUUUCCUGGAGUUUAAAACCGGAACCACCAGCGAUCGAUAGACGAGCGGAGCUCGAGGAGCGGGAACGCGAGCAGCGCGAGCGAGAGCGGGAGCGGGAACGAGAGCGCGAACGCGAACGGGAACGGGAACGCGAGCGUGAACGUGAACGUGUGAGGCGCGAGAAGGAGCGGGAACGCGAGCGCGAGGAGCAACGCGAACGCGAGCGGCGGGAGCGCGAGAAGGAAGAAAAGAGGAAACAACAGGAAGCCGCUGCCGAGAGGGAACGAGAGAGGCGGGACAAGGAGCGUCGCGAGAUGGAGAGACGGGAG